CUCAACUUACCUGAGAUGAUAUCACCCGGAACCCCUGCUGUCAACCCCGUGUCCGCCCGGAAGAAAUCCGCUAAGAACUUCCGCUUCCGGUCCGUGCCCUUGGGGCUCCGUCUCCUGUCGGCUUUCCCUCGGCUGCUGGGUUUGCAUCCGGGGAACAUGGCGGCGGCGGCGGCGGCGGCGUGGGGCUGGUGGCGGGGACUCGCCGGAGCCACGGCGCUAGCCCGUGGGGCCGGGCGACCCUCGGCGCUGUUCCUGCCGGUGAGGAGGGAGAGCGCCGCGGCCCACAUGCGCCCCACUGUCAGAUCACGGAAUGAUGUGGCCCACAAGCAGCUCUCAGCUUUUGGAGAAUAUGUGGCUGAAAUCUUGCCCAAGUAUGUCCAACAAGUUCAGGUAUCCUGCUUCAAUGAACUAGAGAUCUGCAUCCAUCCUGAUGGUGUCAUCCCAGUGUUGACUUUCCUCAGGGAUCAUACCAAUGCACAAUUCAAAUCCUUGGCUGACUUGACAGCAGUGGAUGUCCCAACCCGGCAAAACCGUUUUGAGAUUGUCUACAACCUGCUGUCUCUGCACUUCAACUCAAGAAUCCGUGUGAAGACUUAUACAGAUGAGUUGACACCCAUCGAGUCCACUGUCUCUGUGUACAAGGCAUCUAACUGGUAUGAGAGGGAGAUCUGGGACAUGUUUGGAAUCUUCUUUGCUAACCACCCUGAUCUAAGAAGGAUCUUGACAGACUAUGGCUUUGAAGGACAUCCUUUCCGGAAAGACUUCCCCCUGUCUGGCUAUGUUGAGUUACGCUACGACGACGAGGUGAAGCGGGUGGUGGCUGAGCCAGUGGAGUUGGCUCAAGAGUUCCGCAAGUUCGACCUGAACAGCCCCUGGGAAGCUUUCCCUGCUUAUCGCCAGCCCCCUGAAAAUCUCAAGAUUGAGGCUGGAGACAAGAAACCUGAAGCCAAGUAGCUCCAGGGAAGGCAUGUGGACCCUAGAAAGCGCCUUAUCUAUACGUUUCUGUGUAAAUAAAAUCCUACUUAAAUUCA